AAAUUCACCUAAUUAACUUGCAGGUAUUGGUAAUGACCCUAUUUUAUGAUUGGCUCUAAUAAUUUUUGAACUACGCAGAUAGUAUUGAAAACGAACUAACUAUCUACUUGCUGUGACUAGCGAACCGUCGCGAUUUUCGUGAGAAUAUCAAAAUUAAAAUGGCUGGUGACAAGGCGGUGUCCGUAGCUAACAAGCCUCAGAUGAGGGGGCUCCUGAACGCGGCUAUUAAGCGCAACCUGAUCCUGUCUCUGACUUUCGCUGGCAUCUCCGGCUUCGCUUUCCAACAGCUGGUUGGUGCUGCUCGCAAGAAGAGAUACGCUGAAUUCUACAGGACGUAUGAUGCUGAGAAGGAAUUCGAAGAGAUGAAGAAGAAGGGUCUCUUCCAAUCCUGCUAAGUGAAGGACAUGUAGUGUAGAAUAAUUUAUAUGCGGUGAAUAAAUGUUACUUUAAAAAUGUAUUAAAGAUCAUAAAAUCA